GGUCAGAAAGAGAAGAUGUCUGAUAAGUGUGAUCUGUGUCUGCUGGGACUCAUCUUUCUCUCUUCACUUCUCACAGGUAUCAGUGGAGUGGAUGAUCAUGUGUUCAUCAGUUCUGGUGAAAAUGUCCGUCUGACCUGUAAUAAUGCUCUUCAUGACUGUAGAUCAACUACAUGGAUCUAUUAUAACAGACAUUCAGCAACAGUUGAACUGAUCGCUUUAGGGAUAAAGAAGAAAGACACAAAGAAACAUGAGAGACUGAGUCUGGGGUCUGACUGCUCUCUGAACAUCAAGAACAUCACAGAAGAAGAUUAUGGACUUUACACCUGCAGACAAUAUGUGAAUGGACAACAACAUGGAGCUGACACUCAUGUUUAUCUGCAUGUUCUUCAGGUUUCUUCAUCAUCUUCAUCAUCCUCACAGACUGAGAUCAGUGCAGACUCUGUGACUCUCUUCUGUCAGCUGUAUUUAUAUUCCUAUACUAGAGACUCUUGUGAUUGGAUCAGUUCUGAGAGAAUUGAGGUGUUCUGGGUGAAUCAGGCUGGUGUUAAACUGAAGAGAUCAGACUCCAGAGAUCAGAUAUUAUUCUCAUCAGAUCACUGUAUCAUCAGUCUGAAUACAACACUCCUGAAUGAAGAUCUCAACAGAGAGUGGAGAUGUGAAGUUACUCACAGAGAUCAAGUCAAGACCUCAGUCACAUACACUGUCAGGAGAUCAGCUCGAGCUCAUUCAGCGACAGCAGUGACUCCAGUCCACAUCACAACCUCUCAGGAUCCACCAACUACAAACACAUACACAACUAAAGUCAUCAACCACCGGUCCGGAGAAGUCUCGGAAGUGCCUGCUGUAAACCACUGGUUCCAAGAGAGCGAGAGGAGGAGUUGCAUCACCAACACCCUGAUUGUCCUGUUCCCAGAGGCCAUGGUCAUCCCCUUCGCCGCUCUAGGGUGCCUGGAGUCACCCGUGGAGGGGGGGUAG